GUCACUCGCCGCCAACAUUGGCCGACCUCGUUUCCCCGUUUUCAUCCCACUCACAUUCCUUUGUCCUAGUCAUAAAGCCUGGCCAGCCAACACGGCCGCGCAACCCCCCCAAACGAGUCCCAUAAGUAGCAGCGCUGCCUCUGGAACAGGCUCUGAUUUCGCUGAUGCCGCUGAAGAAGCUUCGCAACACCUGGCGCUCGACGCGACAGACCAGGUCCAGGACUAAGCGGCAGAAAGAAGCCAUUCUGGAGAGCGCAAUGACCACCCAAUCAGGCGACGAGCAGCAGGGCGAGUCGAAGCUGUUCAUAUUUCUUAAUGACUUUACGGAUUCCGACAAUGAGGCCACGGCGGAGCUCUGGGCGUGGAUCCUCCAGCGUGACCCCACGGUCAAGGGCAUCUACAUCGCAGAGCCGCGUUGGGUCAAUCUGGGCUACUACAUGUCUGCCCAAGAGUUCGGCCGCUGUAUCGGGCUCGUAAGCAGGCUGCAGCCUCCGCUGGAGGGCGGCGAUCCCCCCCUGACCACCGUGCUUGCUGGCCGCUUGACCAAGGAGAUAAUCGACAGCAGGAAGGUUGAGGGCAGGGAGCUUGCCGAUGACGAGCGAGACUUGCUCAUGAGAUGUGUCAAACCAUCAAAUGGAGACAGGGAGGACUCCAUCAAACAUGCCCGGCUUGUCGCGAUGGACUAUUUGACCACCAUGAGGACGAAAUGCAGCCGCUUUGAGACUUUCAUCGAUGUGGCUUGUUUGGACAAGCUGGAAAGCCCCAUCAAUCUAAAGACGCAUUAUCAUGAUGAGCUCGUAGCCCGUUCGCUCGAGGAACUUGAGGAGUUCCAGACCAUCAAGGAUAUGCCCACUUCCGAGCAGCCGCAGAUCGAGGCCCGAAGGACAAAGCUUCGGCAAUGGUACACCAAAGCGAUCAAGAGGAAGGAAAACGAAUUCGGUGGCCAGUCUCCGUUCAGAGAGCUUGACAACUACGACGACCUCUUCAGCGAGAUUCGGAAUCACGACCAAACCACAGUCUUCGGGGGCGCGUCUCUAACUGUGCUGCAAGAACUACUUGAGAAAGAGUCUUCGCUGGCCAAGAAAGUCCGGUACUUCCAGCAGGGUGGAACCUUCAACUCGAAACUCAAUAUCCUCGGAAACCCGUACAAUUUUGCACUUAACACUAAGGCGGCUGAGUACGUCUUUAAAAAUCAGGAUAAGCUGGGACAAUUUACCCUGAUCCCCACAGACACUACAAAGAGGGUUGAAUGGACGGUCCAGGGGCUGGCCAAGAUAUCCCCUGCAGUCGGCGUUCGAUCUCUAGCUUUCCACGGAAGAUACGAUCCGUGGGAGAUGGUCUCGUCAAAGGAGCGGGACGGGAAACCUCAUAGCACUCAAGAAUUCCUUGCCUGGCGCGCCGAGUGGGCUGAUGAUCCCAAGUACACCGAUCCUAAUAGUAAGGGGUACAAGGCAGUCAUGGCAGACCUCACUGCUUUCCUGGCUGCGUUCACGGACGCCUUCAAAGAGUACGAUCAGGGGUCCUUAAAGCAGACUUCAGUCAAAGUCACCAUGGAGCAAACGAUUCCAGACAGCAAUCAGAUGGUUCUCCGGGAAGACCCGGCAUCAAAGAUAGAGUGUUUGAUGUUCGAGUCAGGGCAGGAAACACAGGAGACAGUGUUGGUGAAGGACGCUGUGGGUCUCUUGCAAAAGGCCCUGAACACUGCAGCGCCAUCUGUUUGAGGAAACUCCAUAUCCCGGUGACAUGAUCUUCUUGAUCGUACAAGGGACACACAAGAGGCCUGGGCUUCUGACUUGAGCACGGUAUUUGGCCGUAAUUUGCUCGCGACGAAGUAAUGCUUCUUUCGCACCCUGGCGAUGCUUAACUUUUUGGACGAUGUGGAUUAUACCCAAGAUAAACUCUCACGGAACCUUUCAAUUCGAUGGCAGGAAGAAGUGCUAGGCAAAGGGAACCUGCGUCUCUUGUUUUCUUCCCCCUUCUGGAAGACGCACUUUUUGCACUUUUGGAAUGGGCAAACUAUUACCUAUCGUUGGGACCCACGUCUCUACUGGCAGGAAGAGGACGGACUGGAGUCUCUGGGGACCUCGGAAUGCAAGGUAGACGUCGUAUAACGAGAGCAAAGAGACUCGUGAUAUUUGCGACCUUUUAAUCGCUUGAUUCAAUUGGACCCUAUUUUUCCAUGACCA